AUGGACCCGGACGAGCCUGCACCGUCUCUGAAGAACGACUUGAAGGCGCCGAUCGAAGUGCGAGAGGGUCAGGGCUGGCGGGUGCUCUACCCCGGCCGGAGCCUUGUGCUGGAUGGUACUGAGGCCAUGGUGCGCCUGCGCGAGUUCCCGGCUGCUGUGGGCCGUUGCCCUGCCAGCGCCGGACUACUUGCCUCUAAACACUUUGGACUGUGGAGCGUCGAGGCAGUUCAACAAGACCAAGAGGAGGACAGAGCCGUGUCUUUCGAGGCGCAGCGCCGGAGAGCGGGGAGAGAACGCCAAGAGAAUGAGGUGGAGGAAGCUGUUCUUCGGAAAAGCGACCACAAACUGUCCGACUCAGCCCUUUCCGCCUUCCUUCUCAUCAUUGCCAUCGUUUCCACAUUCUUUCUGACGUUGUUUGCAGCCUCCGCAGCCUCCUCGCCGCGAGCGGAAGAUGUGACCGAGGCCGAAGCAUUGGAGAUUGGAGCCAUAGCUCUCGUGUUGUGGAGCUGCCUCUCUUUCAGCAGAGUUGCCUUUUGUAACUCCGUCACGACGGGCUGCAUCACACGGUCAAUCGACCUGUCCAUUUGUGUGGGCUUCUUCUCCUUUGUGGCCUUCACAGUGCAUCUCGCCAUGCUGGGCUUCUGGCAGAUAUCCCUCAUCAUGUGGUCCCUCAGUCUCUUCUGCUGCGGAUCGCUGCUGUGGCGCGGGUGGCGGGGCCGGUUCAAGGUCGGCCCCAGCAACGUGCUCCCACCGAUCCAAAACGGAGAGAGGACCUGGAAUGAGGCACGUCAGGAGGUGCUUCAGCGAACCAUCGUUUUCGAGGGCUCUGUGCUGGAAGGGCCCGGGCGCCCCUGUGUCUGCUCCUGGCCUGGCAAGUAUGAGGGCGCCUGGGAUGCUUUGGUUGCCUCUAGCCGGGAGGGCCAGGUGAGCGCGGCGGUGGUCUUUUUGCCGGACGGCACCGCAGACUUUGGGAAGCACGAUCCAAUUCCUUCUCAAGAAGGCUUGUCUGGCCAGUGUUGGUGCACGCCGCUCUAUGGAGAGGAGAAGCCGUGGGGAUGUCGGUGGUGGAGCAAGUGGAUAGCGAAUAUUGAGAAGGCAGUGGCGUACAGAGCCGAGCUCCACGUCUACUUUUUCGAGGAUGCUGUAGGACGGGGCAAGGUUCAAAGUUUUGGCACCGCAGGUGUCGAGAACCUUCGCCGAGAGAGUCUGAACGACCAAAGAAAGGAGUUCAUGAAGUCCAAGCAAUUCGAGCGCCACCUCCGUGCCGGCCUAGAAGAAGUUUUGAAGGAUCCUCGUCAUGAUGGCUCCUCCCGUUACAGCCGUGAAGUGAAUCGGCUUUUCCUGGCCUGGCUCCCUCAAGGGGACCGGGAAUUCCUUGAAGUUUCAGAAGGCUUAGGUAACUCACAAAAAGCUGAAGUAGCCUGGCUUGAACGGAAGGGUUAUCCCUACACAGAAAGGGAUGUCCCCAGCUGGCUGGCAGCGAAGGGUAGCGAAGUGAAUCUCGCUCCCCCAGCAUUGCCAAGUGCCUAG